UCCGACUUAUCAGUCCUCAAUUAGCCGCGGAGUGUACCGCUACUCAAAAAUUACGAUACGUGCACGAUUCAAUCCCGUUUGAUUUAAUCUGGUAGUAAUUAUUCGGCUAAACCACGAAGUGGAAGGAUUAGUGAAGUGUGUGGUGUAGAGACGAUGCAGUGCGUUCCCAUUUUUGAAAUUUGAAACAAUGACAGUAGUUGUUAGAUUAGACGAAGCACCCAUCCACAAAGUAUCUCCGGUCAGGAAGCGUCCUAGAUCAUUCAAGGGCCCUUUGCGGGUGCUACGUUUAUGUCUGCUUGGGAUCGCGCUACCUAUGGCCCUAGUGUCAGUGCCACUUUAUCUUAGAUAUCACGUUUACGCAAAUCAACUGUAUCCUUUCGCUGUAUCUGAUAUGAGGUUAUUGGACAGAAGAAUAUCGACGUUUUGGUGCCAGAGUCAAGUAGUAAAAGUGAACGACAAUGCGACUUUUAACGCGUUUCUUCUUCCACAAGAUCCUCCAAUGGCACCCACCCUAAAACCCGUGUCAAUGGUCCGCGAGAUAUACUUAGAGGACGACAUGAAGGAAUACUGGGGCUUCUACUUGCUGGCGGGAUCGACCGUUACCGUGUCCACAUGUGUCAGAUGGCCCGGCGCAUCUUUGAUUAUAAUUCGGGGACACAAGCAUUUACACGACUGUGCAUACAUCGGUGACGAUUCUUCGGAAGAAUUGGAAGAAAUUGCGAAAGGUCUGAUGGAUGGCACCUACAACGACUCCAGCAACUCCUCAGCCGAAUCGGACACAAAUACGCCCCACCUAAUGAAGCGACAUCGCUCUGAUGUACACUUCCACCACCCCUACCAUAGUAAUGGGACCAACGCCACAGUUGGAUUAAAACACGAUGUACCCGACAUCACCGAUCCUAAAAUGUUGAAAGUGCUGUUGGAGGCUUUAUCCAAAAAAACGCAGAAAAUGAACGAACAACGUGAGAAAAUCAUUGAGAAGAUUGAACGACAAAAGGGGUCGAAGAAGACCUUCCAAAAAAACUCGCCAAAAGAAGAGCCACCGACUUCUUACGUUAAAACGAACUCCUCCGCCUCUCCCGGUAGUGCUAACGUGCAAAGCGAUACCGUGGUGUUUGAAAAUCUGACGGUAUCGGAUAAGGACAUCGCCAUUUUACAAGCGUCUGUUAUCUCCGAGAUAAAAGACGAGGCGGGCCGUCAAACUGCGUCCGACGAAUUGUACAUGGAGCUUUCGAAGAAGCUGGAUUCCUUGGGCGAUAAACAACACAAAAUUUUGCAGAAACUGAAUGAGAGAGCUGCAGGCUUAAGUCCUUUAGAUAAAGGACAGAUACGUGGAAGAAGGAAGAGGGAAAUUACCAUUUCGUCUGCAAUGCAUGAUAUGUUAAAUGCUGAUGAUGACGAAGGGAAUAUUGCAAUUGAGGAGGGUUUUCAAGUGGAUGGAAUAGCAGAUCAUCACGGGGAAAUAAACGAAACAACUCUAAACGACAGAAGUAGCAGUGAAUUUUGGUCAUCCUUCUCCAGUUCUGAGGAAGCUCUUCUAAACUGUGAGGGUUUAGUACUUAAUUUACCCUUAACACCACACAUGCGCUGCAACGCCCACCUAAGCGAAGAAAGCUUCGACGAGGCCUCGUCCACCAACAAAGUGACGUACCAGAUACCCAGCAAUGGUUACUAUUUCUUUAUCUUUAACAGUGAAAAUGAAGUGCAAGUGAACUACAUCCGAUUGCGUUUCCAAUUAAACAAGACUGUUUACGACGUUUCCAGUAGAACGUCGUUCUGUGAAAAUCAAACCAAUUCGUGCGCCUUGGACUUGAAGUUCUUUUCGAAUGAAAAAACCGUGAUGGAGGUUCCGAUCACGAGCAAUCAGUCGAGGUGGAAUGAAGAAUUUGUUGUUGUAUCUGAAUGUCAGCCAAGAACAAUAAUUUACAUGUGCUGUGCUGUUUCAGUGCCUAUACUAAUAAUGCUAUUUGCGUUUCAGUAACGGAAAUCCGUUACUGUCACAGUUGAACAUUUUAGCAAACUUGCCGAGUGAAAGUAUAAGGAAAAUGUGAUAUUAAUUUUUUAAUGCAUACUGUAUACCUAGGUAUUUCCACGUGAACAAUAACUGUUUUUAAAUGUUUAAUCUAUUAUGUUCAAAAAUUCAACUCCCUAUUUAUAAUGGACUGUGCCCACUCUCUGGAGUAAUGUUCAUCAGAUUUGUGGAUACCACUUCUCAUCCUUUUUUGUUUUUAUUUAUGUUGUAAAAUAAACAUUAAACACUAAAGCUUGCAA